GAAAAGGAGCUGGCCUGGAAGGCAUGCAGACUAGAUGUUCCAGGGACAACAGCCCUUGUUCUAACAGCAUCAUCUAAGGUAUAAGCUGGAGGAGGGCAGUGUUGCUAUGGUGAAUCAGGGAAGGGAGUGAGUUUGUAAGGAGGGUGGGGUUGGAAGGCAACGUUAGAUAGAGCCAAAAAGGUCUCAUUGAGAAGGAACCAAUAAGUGAAAGCCUAAACGAGAGGAGAAAGGAGAUCAGGUAUUUGGGGGAGGAGCGGUCCAGGCAGAAAAAACAGCUAGUGCGAAGGUCCAGGGGUGAAGGGGGACAAGGAGGCCAGUGUGGUUACAGUGGAGUGAGUGACAGGGAGAGUGAGAGGAGGUGAGAUUGGCGAGAUGAUGGGACUUGUGGGCUAUGGUUGAGACACUGGCUUUUAUCUGGGGUGAGGUGCAGCAAGCAGAUGCUUUAGGAAGGUCCUGAUGUGAUAGGUAUUAAUAGGUCCCCUGUGGCAGCAUAUUGGGGUGUUAGGGGGAGCAGGGAGAACAGGGAAGAGGCUGCUGCCACAGUCCAGGUAGGAGAGGAUGAAGGAUGGACCAGGGUCAGGGCCUGGGAUGAGGGUGAGGGAUGAAAUAGCUUGGAAAUACCUUGAAUGGAGCUACUGGGCCAGCCCAUUAGAAGGAUGAAGGGUGGAAGGCAAAGUCAACCAGUUCUGUUCAGAUCAGAGUGGACACGGCAGGCCAUAGUCAGAUGUGAAACAGCCAAGCCACUGUGAUGAAGCCAUCCUGGGCUGGCUCCUGGAGGCCUUUCUGGGGAGGGGUGUGUUGGCAGAGAUGUACCCUACACUGCCAAAGUCAGGUAGCAUGGUGAUUAAGCCGGGCUACUUGAAUUCAAGUCUUAGCUCCAUUUUACCCACUUGCUCUAUGCCCUUGGGCAAGUGGCUUAGCUUCUCUGGCCUGGUAAGUGCCUGCGAGCACUCUGCGACAAGUACCGUGACAAUGACCUUAGGAGUCUCUACAAAACCAUCCCUCUGAGACAUCACUUGUCUAGGGCGAACAGGGAGAAGAGGUCAGGUCUGAUACGUCAGAGAGAGAGAACACCUGUCACCACCACAGAGACCCCUGCCCUAAUUGGUCUGGUUUGCAGGCCUGCGGGGAAGGCGCUAUCACAGCGGGAAGGACUGGGCCGGUUUUCCCAGGACUUAGCGACUGAACAACUGCUUCAUCUCUCCUUCUGUCUCCAAGCCUCACAUCUUUCUUGGUGGCCAUUUCUUCUUCCCCAUCCUCGGUGUCUCUUCCCUUCCCAUCCCUGCCUGCAGCCUUUUCAUCAAUGCAAACAGCCUCACGCUGUCUCCGCCCCCGCGCCUGGUUGGGGAUGACACGGCGCAUGCGCUGUCAGUGCCCCUCCCUCUCCACCCCCAUCCCCCCGUCGGCGUCUGGGCCUCAUCCCCUUCUCUCUGUCUCCUUCUCCCCCAUCACUUCUCCAGACACUGACACCCCAUUACUCCAGUUUCCCCGGCUUCAGCUUUGGUCUUCAGCCCCAUCCACCCAAGUGCUGGGGGCGUGAGAGCCAUCCGGAGCCCUGGGAGCGUUUUGAGGGGCUCAGAUUCUGGAGACUGCGGAUCACCCUCUCUAGUGGACCUCUGUCCCUAGGAUUUGCCUGAAGCCCACCCCCAACUCUGCACCUGCCCCCCGAGGGCCACCGAGGACCAUGACUAAGACAGAUCCUGCCCCCAUGGCCCCGCCGCUCAGGGCGGAGGAAGAAGAAGAGGAGGAGGAGGAUGAGCCUGUCCCGGAGCCCCCCAGCCCCACCCAGGAGCGCCGGCAGAAGCCUGUUGUGCACCCCUCGGCACCAGCCCCCCUCCCCAAGGACUACGCCUUCACCUUCUUCGACCCCAACGACCCUGCCUGCCAGGAGAUUCUGUUUGACCCCCAGACCACCAUCCCUGAGCUGUUUGCCAUCGUGCGUCAGUGGGUGCCCCAAGUCCAACACAAGAUCGACGUCAUCGGCAACGAGAUUCUGCGUCGAGGCUGCCAUGUGAAUGAUCGCGAUGGGCUGACCGACAUGACACUGCUCCAUUAUGCGUGCAAGGCUGGGGCCCACGGAGUCGGGGACCCCGCGGCGGCGGUGCGCCUCUCGCAGCAGUUGCUGGCUCUGGGCGCAGACGUGACCCUGCGUAGCCGCUGGACUAACAUGAACGCACUUCACUACGCCGCCUAUUUCGACGUGCCCGAUCUCGUGCGUGUGCUGCUGAAGGGUGCGCGGCCCCGAGUGGUGAACUCCACGUGCAGUGACUUCAACCACGGCUCAGCCCUGCACAUCGCUGCCUCCAACCUGUGCCUGGGCGCGGCCAAGUGUUUGCUGGAACACGGCGCCAACCCGGCGCUUCGGAACCGAAAGGGACAAGUGCCAGCAGAGGUGGUCCCAGACCCCAUGGACAUGUCCCUGGACAAGGCAGAGGCGGCACUGGUGGCCAAGGAGCUAAGGACGCUACUGGAGGAGGCAGUGCCACUCUCCUGCGCCCUCCCCAAGGUCACACUACCCAACUAUGACAACGUCCCAGGCAAUCUCAUGCUCAGUGCACUGGGCCUGCGCCUGGGAGACCGCGUGCUACUGGAUGGCCAGAAGACGGGCACGCUGCGGUUCUGCGGGACCACGGAGUUCGCCAGUGGCCAGUGGGUGGGCGUGGAGCUGGAUGAACCCGAGGGCAAGAAUGAUGGCAGUGUUGGGGGCGUCCGGUACUUCAUCUGCCCUCCCAAGCAGGGUCUUUUUGCCUCUGUGUCCAAGAUCUCCAAGGCAGUGGAUGCACCUCCUUCAUCCGUCACCUCCACACCUCGGACUCCCCGAAUGGACUUCUCCCGUGUCACUGGCAAGGGCCGCAGGGAACACAAAGGUAAGAAGAAACCCUCAUCAUCCCCGUCUCUGGGCAGCCUGCAGCAGCGCGAAGGAGCCAAGGCUGAGGUUGGAGACCAAGUCCUCGUCGCUGGCCAGAAGCAAGGGAUUGUGCGCUUCUAUGGGAAGACAGACUUCGCCCCAGGGUACUGGUACGGCAUCGAGCUGGACCAGCCCACCGGCAAGCACGACGGCUCUGUCUUCGGUGUCCGGUACUUCACCUGCCCCCCGAAGCAUGGCGUCUUUGCACCAGCAUCUCGAAUUCAGAGGAUUGGUGGAUCCACUGACCCCCCUGGGGACAAUGUUGGAGCCAAAAAAGUGCAUCAAGUGACAAUGACGCAGCCCAAACGCACUUUCACAACAGUCCGGACCCCAAAGGACAUCGCAUCAGAAAACUCCAUCUCCAGGUUGCUCUUCUGCUGCUGGUUUCCUUGGAUGCUGAGGGCGGAGAUGCAGUCUUAGAGGCCCUGGACAUCUGACAGAGACACAGAGCCCCCUCUAGCGUCUCCUGACACAAGGAACCCCCGAGUCACCCUGAGAUAGAGAUUCCCAGUAACACAUCCAGAAUAGAGACCCCAUUAGCCAGCCCUCGAUCACUGAGGCCCUAUUAACAGAUUCCCCCAUGAUGACCCCCCAAAUACAGACCCUAUGUUACCCAGAAAGAGAUUCCCUGAGUGUAGUACCUUCAGGCUAGUCCCACCCCUCAGAUCAGACCCUCCAAUUAACAGAUUUCCAUCUCACCCCAAAUGAUGGUGACUUUCUCUACAUAAUACUCCACAGUAGAACAUUCCUGAGUCACUAGUCACUGGAGCAGAACCAUUCCCUAUUAACAAAGACCCUCCCCGCAUCAAACCCCCUUGAAAGAAACAUCUCCAGAGAAGAGUAACAGACCCACAUUUAAUAUCAGUCCUGUCAAGAUGUUGUGACUCCCAUGGUCACCCCAAAACCCUUAGACUGCAAUCGGACACUCCCUCCAUUAACAAAAACCUCUACUCUUACCCCUCAAGAAGAGACCCACAUUAACCAGCCCACUGUCACCCCCAAUUUACAGAUGCCAAAACAGUCCUGGAAGUGCUAAUUACAGGACCCCCAAGUCUUCCUAUCCUCUGCACCCUCAAGAAACCCCCAGUGCCUUGUAUGAAGCCCACCCCAUGUGGCCCACAGCACCUGUGCUGGCCAGGCUCCCAGAAAAUUCUCUAUUUUUUAAGUAAUGAUUUCCCCCUUUGGGGGACCCCAAAAUUUGGAGGCCCCAUUCUGGGACUCAGGAUCCCAACCCCCAGAGUACAUGUCCCAAACUUCCCUCUGCCCUUAAUUCCUACAGCCCCUAGGAGAGCCCCAAACCCUAACUCCCAGGACCCCCAAAUCAUGGAACCCCAAAUCCCCAGGGAAUCCCAAAUUUAAAAAAUCUGAUUCCAAGCCCCCAGGAAACCCAACCAUGGAAGUCCCUAUGCCUGAGAUGGAGGAGACUGUAGUCAGGAUAUGCAUCCUGGGCAUCCAGGGCAUGUCAAGCCCUAUUCAUAGGCACCAGGAGACCCCCAAACAGAAAUUCUCAUUCCUGAAAACCAGAGGACUUCAAUCCCCUGAGUCCAUGGAUCUCAAGAUACCCAAAUUCCAAGAGCCCCAGUCCCAAGGGAAUCCCCAAAUCCUCAAGCCUCCCUCUCUAAUAGACGAGAAGCAUCGAGGCCUUGAGGGGAUCCCAAAUCCUGGAGCCCCCAUUUCAAUCUACGUUCUGGUCACAGGUCCAAAACGCCAAAUCUAAGUUACUGGCCCUGAAGGACCUCAGAGCACCCUGGACAGACCAGCAGAAGCCGACGGAGACCCUGAAGGCCCAGGGUGUCCAGGGCAGACCUGGGGCCCUGAAAACCAAGGACAGCUCACGACUGCCCCUUCACUGCAUGUCCCCAAACUCAGCAUGACCCCUAUCCCCUUCAAUAAAGACGUUUCUAUGGCUUUC